AUAGGCGCUGUCCCUUCAAAUGGCAAAGUUACGUCCAUUCGCAACGUCACAGUAAUGCAUAGCUGCGAUUGGCUGCUGCAGAAAGGCGGGUCUAAUCCACAGCGCCUAGGAAGAAGAAGACGGCCAUUUUCGUGAGGUCGCAGGCCUUUGUGAUGCCCAGACACUGCUCUGCUGUAGGUUGCAAGUCACGAGACACAAAAGACGUUAGGAAAUCUGGAAUCACUUUUCACAGGUUGCCAAAAAAGGGAAACCCUCGUCGAACAACUUGGAUUAUCAACUCUCAUCGCAAAGGCCCUGAGGGAAAAGGCCAGUGGGACCCCCAGAGUGGUUUCAUCUAUUUCUGUUCUAAACACUUCACCCCUGAUAGCUUUGAACUCUCUGGAGUCAGUGGCUAUCGCAGACUAAAGGAGGAUGCAAUUCCCACUAUAUUCGAAAUUCAGCCUCAUGAAAGAGGCACUGCUGGGAAAUGUGCAACCAAACGGAGAGGCAGACCUCGAAAUGUGGAAAAACUUAUCAGAUCAUGGGGCAGUUCCAGAUUUAUCUUGUUUUCUUGGCAUUGCUUCUCAUGACCAUUUCUGCAGAAGAUGACACAGGUGCAUCAAAAGAGUGUGAAGAUGCUCCAUUUGUUCCAGGGUACAAUCUUGCUGGAGAGGGAUUUGAUGUUGUGACCAUGGAGCGAAAAGGAUCUUAUGUGAUUAACAUGGAGAAAUGGGAUUUAGGAAACAGCACUUGUAAAUUGCGCAAGAACAGUUACAUGAAUGGAAUAAAACAGAAGCUACCAGCAGCAGUUGUGUUCUGGAGAACUUUGCCAAAGUGUUCAAUGAAAGUCUCCAGUCAGAUCUUUGAAUCAAGUGAAGCACUGGUCAAUGAUUCCUCAUCAGCACUCUCCGUCAGCUGGAAAGUUGGUUUAGAUGUGAAGGCUGCUGGAGCUGCGGUCGGAAGCACUCAUUCCAGGGAAGCAAAAUUUGCAAUGACAAAAUCCAAAGAAGACAAAUACAGUUUCACCAAACAUGAAGUUGCAUGCAGCUUUUACAGUUAUUUUGUAGCUGGAAAGCCUCCCCUUCAUUCAGAGUUUCUUGAAGCAAUCAAAUCACUCCCUGAAUCCUAUGAUCCAGACGCCUACCGCAACCUGAUCACCACAUAUGGCACUCACUAUAUCAAAGGUGUCAAAUUAGGGGGGCAAAUGAAAGCCAUAACAGCCAUCAAAACCUGUCAGGCAACGGUGAGUGGGCUUACAGAUACUGCGGUAAAAGACUGUUUGGAUGUAGAAGCCUCUGGUUCAUACAACGUAGCAACUGUGAAGGUAGAGUCACAUUUUUGUAAAGAAAAAAAGAAGAAGAUGGGCACAAAUCAAAAGUUCAGCACCAUGUUCAGUGAGCGCCAGACAGAGAUUAUCGGAGGAAAAAUAAAUGGUGAAGAUCUUCUUUUUUCUGGUUCAUCACACCCAAAUUCCCUUAAAAACUGGCUUGAGUCUUUGAAGAGCCUCCCUGACAUUGUGCGUUACUCUCUGAAACCCCUCCAUUUCUUACUGAGUACUAAACACCCUGCCAGGAAAGGACUGAAGAGAGCUGUUGAAAAAUAUAUAAUUGAAAAUGCCCUCAUGAAGGUUUGCUCUGAGUCUUGCAACAUUGGCAAGAAGUGCAGUGCAAGAGACAGAUGUGCUUGUGUUUGUGAAGGUAGUGAAAUUAUAAAGUCUAACUGUUGUCCAGCUGAAAAAGGACUUGCCACGCUGAAAGUCUAUGGUCUCAGAGCUAAAGGUCUGUAUGGAGAUGUACAUACUCAAACAGAUGGUACUGUAUCAGUUACAUAUGACACACAAAUUAAGCGCACUGAGACUAUUAAUGAUAAUGACAAUCCACGUUGGCCAGAAACAUUUGAGUUUGGUCCUAUUAAGAUCAGCAUGGCCAAUAAACUAACUUUUAAAGUUUAUGAUGCAGACAGCUACUGGAACAGCGAUCUCCUCGGUUCAUGCUCUUUUGAUCUUAGAAGUGGAAUUGUGCGUGACACUUGUGUUUUUAAAUAUGGUACCUUCUUUUUUAAGUAUGAAGUGAAAUGUGCUCCCAGUCUAAACGGCCCACGGUGUAAUGAACACAAACCUUCUCCAAUGGCUGCCCCUCUGGCUGACAUUUUCAGCUCAAGAAAUGGUGUUCUGGUUAAAGACAUGCCCAGACUUGAAUCAUUUCACAAUUUCUCAAAUAAAUUCAGUAGCACUUAUGGAAAACGGAUAAAGCUGUAGGAUUUUAGUAGGAUCUCAAAUCAGGCCUUAUGCAUUAAAGCCACAAUCUUGCAAAGCUCGCUAAUAAUCACAUGCUUAAUAUGCUUAAAUAUAAACUUUGCUCGAUUAUUUUCAUUACAAUUACUUGUCUUUGUAUGUUGUUUUAUUAAAGCAUUCACAAAACCUGAUCUGUGUUAUUUGUUGACUUUUUGUGAAGAAAAAUGUAUAAAACUGCUAAAACUGACAGCUGCUCUUAAAAGAUAUGUAACUAAAACCUUCUUCUAGAGGCAUACUAUAUCAUUGUUUGAAAUUAUUUGAUCAGAAUGAUUAAUUUGAAUAUAAAAUCAUAUAAACUUAAUGAGACACCUUUUGGAAAAUAGUAAUUGAAGCAGGUUCAGUCAAAUGCUUUGUGUCAAGUUAAAUCAGAGCUAUCAGGGGCCUGUAACAUGAGCAAACCCAGGGUUAAGAGAUUAGUUUUGAGUUGAUAAAACCAAAUCAAUCCAAUCCAGUUUUGUUGCUACCAUGAUGCUAAUCAUCAACUUGCUCUGUCAACUGAGGCUUUGAUCCAGUAUUCAUGGAGUGCACACACAUGUAAAUGUGACAUCAGUAGCAAACAGUCAAUCACAUGCCUUGAAACUUAGAGAAACUGCGAUUUACUUCUCAUGAGAGUCUGUACUCACAAUGCCUUUAGGUACAGUAACUUUUCAAGAACAUUUCCAUGCAUAUGAGGUGAUCAGAGCAAAGCAGGAUGGGAAUGACACAACUCUCCUUGUUGUGCCAUAUUGCUUUCUCUGGUAAACAUUUUUAUGAUGUUAUGUUUCGGUCAGAGACAAAUGGCAAUGUAAAUUCAAUGAAAUUGAAAUGCUUUAUUUUUUUUACAAUAAAUUGUGAGUUCUGUGA